AUGAAACGUCUUAAAAAAUCUCUUAAGGCAUUGGUUUGCCUUGAAAGCGUCACCAUUGCAGUGAGGAUCCCAAGCGAGACAAACAAGCAGGAAUUGGUAAAGAUCAUGUCACUAGGCGAUUCAAUAACCGCCUCUCCGCUUCAGGAGGCUAAUAUCACCGAUACGGAUUUCGUAGGGAGCCUACUUCUGAUUCGAAUACGACAGCGAGAACGAGGGCCACAGAAAGCGUUGCUAAAAGUCUCGUUCUUCUACGGGUUGAAAGAGAGCAAAGCCAGAUAUUGUCAUGAUGCAUCUAGGCACGAAUGA